AUGAACGAAGAGUUUGAUGGCGAUGUGCCGAUGUCAGAUCCAUUUCUGUCAUUGGUCACUAAAUUGGAUGAUAUUGCACCUUUUCAAAAUAAUGAUUCUUUGGAUUUUGAUAUGGAACAAAACUGGCAGGAACCGGGACCAUCACAACAACACGACCCAAGUUUACAAGGGAAUCAACACAGUCCUCCGCAGGAAUAUUAUGAAAUUGAUGGCCAACACGACGUGAGCCGAAUACAGUCUCUUCUAAAAAACAAUCACGAAGACUUUUUCGGAAUGCGAUUCUCUCCUCCUGUCUUCGAUCUUGGUGGAGGGCGAGGUCCAUCUCUAGCAUCAACUCAACAAUUAUCUGGAGAGGGUCCUGCAAGUAUGCUGAAUCCUUUACGAACAUCUCCUUUAUCUCCAUUAACUGGAACAUAUCCAGCCGAUGCUUAUCGACCUCUUUCACUAGCUCAACAACUCGCAGCACCUGCAAUGACACCUGGUGGAUCGUCUCUUUAUGUGAAUACAAAUGGAAUUGAUCAGAAGAUUUUCCAAUUUUCGAAAAUUCAGAAUUUCCAACACGAAAUGCUCUCUCCACCUCAACACACUUCAAUGACUCCAUCUCCUUAUGUCGAAGCUAUAGAACAUAUCAACGGGUACAUGUCGCCGUACAAUCAAUCAGCUCAAUCAGGACCUUAUCACACUUAUCACACUCCACAUCAAUCUCAUACUCCUCAACCAAUUCCUCAACAUCAUCAUCAUCAUCAUUUACGCCACGUUUCAAGUCAACCAACUAUUCAUGAACAUCCAGAAGCCAUAGAGUCUCCGCCCAUUGAAGAAAAAAUCAAAGAACAAAAACCAAUGAAGUUCUCAGAUCCGCCAGAAAACCCAACUAGUCCCAAGAAUAUGAAAGAAGAAUUAUUAAGGAUGUUAGUCAAUAUGUCCCCGAGUGAAGUAGAGAAAUUGAAACAUAAAAAGACGGGAAGCUCAGCAUCAAAAAGUUAUCCGAAGAAAGUAGUGAUACAAGAGACAGUAGAUGGAGAAGAUGACGAAGAAGACGACGAUAGUGAUUCUGGUGAAACAUCUUCUCAAGGACCAGUUAUCAUUCGGAGUGAGAUUUCUUUGAAAUUUAAAAAAUACAACCUUCUUAUUUUUUAUUUUCCAGGACCCAAAACCGAAAGGCGAACUGCUCACAAUCUAAUCGAAAAGAAGUAUAGGUGCUCAAUCAAUGAUAGAAUUCAACAAUUAAAAGUUUUGUUGUGCGGAGAAGAUGCAAAGCUAUCGAAAUCUGCGACACUUCGAAAAGCUAUCGAACACAUUGAUGACAUUGAACAAGAGAAUCAACAAUUGAGAUAUCAAGUUGAACAAAUGCGAAAGACACUUCAGAUGAACGGGUUACCGUACCCGGAACCAGUGCAAUUCGUUGACUAUGCUGCUCAAUCUCCAAACGAAUCAUCUCCAUCUCCACCGAGAAAUGAAAGAAAAAGAUCUCGAAUGAAUACAGUAACUCCUAUUAAAAAUGGUACUAAGGACAAUUCAAGAGUCACUCUGUUUGCAAUGCUUUUGGCAGUGAUGAUAUUCAAUCCGAUUGGAUUACUCGCUGGAAGUGGAAUGUUUUCUCAUGCAUCUGCUGACACUAAAGCUCCAAUUGCUUCUCCAUUUGAGCAUGGAAGAGUUCUAGAUGACCCAGAUGGAAAUUCCAGUGUGAAAUCCAUAUGGUCACUGGAUAGUCCCUAUUUAUGGUGCAUAAAUAUGAUAAUGAUAUCUUUUGUUAUCAUCCAAAUGAUGAUCAGUACGGAUCCAAUAAUGGAUUUUAUGUCUCCAUCCUGGCAAACAUUCGCGUCGAUUCGAGAAAAAGCGAGAGAAGAAUUGAGAUCUGGAAAUUUGAAAGAAUCUCAAAGACAAUUCCGAGAAUGUCUAGUUGUACUUAGUUGUGGAAUACCUCAUCCUGGGGUUGAAUCGUUUGCCUGGGUCGCAUGGGAAUGUAUACGUCAUCUUAUGAGUUGGCUAUGGAUCGGAAGAUUUAUGGCAAGAAGGAGGAGGAAUUCCAAUAAACCAGUGUCUGCGGUUUGUAGAAGUCAUGCACAUCUAGCUGUAUUGUAUCAUGAAAUUCAUCAGCUCCACUUAAUGGGAAUCACCGGUCAUGUUCAUGACGGAGAUGAUCCAAAAACUCUUCCUGGUCUCUACCUUGCUCUCUGCGCCGUCAACCGAGCUGAAGCUGCUGGAGCAUCAAAUGACGGUCUUCCACGUGCUAUUAUGGCUCAGAUCUAUAUCGCAGCAUCUAUCCGUUGUCGUCUCGCUCUCCCGAAACUUCUCGCACCAUUCUUCUCCGGAUACUUUCUCCGAAGAGCUCGCCGGCAUGUACGUCGUGCUCCAGAACAUUCCGUAUCUCAUCUUCUAUGGAUCUUCCAUCCAGCAACACGGAAAUAUAUGGCUGAUCCAGUAAGAUUGCAACAUGUCUUAAGUUCCAAACAAAAAUUGCUGAGGUUCGGAUCAUUUGUGGAAGAUGAGCAAUUAUCUCCAAUUGCUAGAAUUCGAACAACGCUUAAAGUAUACCUCCUCUCAAAACUGAUUCAAGAACUCGCCGGCGGGGAGGAAAUUUUCACUAAGAAUGUCGAAAGAAUUCUGAAUGACAAUGAUCGUUUGGAUGAUGAAGUUGAUGUUGUUGAUGUAUCAAGGCUGCUAGUUUCGAUCUCAACUCAAUGUGCAGCAAUGUUAACAAAUGAGAAAGAUGAAUCAGCUAAAUUUGGAACCUGGUUGAGCAGAAGCGGAGACGCUUGUUGUACAUGGUGGACGCAUGUCCUAACCUGUGGAAUCUAUUGGAGGACCAACAAAAACGAGUUGGCAAGACAACACUAUUCUCUGAUCAGAAAUUGUCCACCCAAAAUUCUUACAGAUAAUUUGGGAUUAGCUGUUGGUCAUGCUCUGUGCGCCAGAAAAAUCUGCAUUGACGAUAGAGAUUCUCCAAAAGUCAGCCAAUACGUUUGCAUUCACACCAAGAAGGCUCUCGAAUCCCUUCGCCUGUUUUCCACGUCAUCUAGAACUUCUGGAGUGGUUUCUGGAAUUCAAGAAGGAACGAGGCGAAUGGCUUAUGAGUGGAUUUUGAAUUCUUUGUUAGAUGCAUGGAGAUCAAAUCUAUUUUCUACGAAACCAUACUGGACUCAAAGUUUUAAAGGGCAGUCGACAUUCAGUACAUUGUACCAGGAAGCAUACAACCACUAUGCAGUAAUAAACGGAACGCGUGGAGAUUGUUGGAGGUUAUUCGUCUACGAAUUGACUUGUCGAAUGCUAAAUGGAGCUAAUCCGCAAGCCACAUGGUCAGGUGUCCGACGAGUUCGAUCUACAAAAAUGGAUGCUGUUCGGGGAAGAGUGAGCAUGAGGCGGUCGGCUCAACCGGAUGCUUUCCAUCUUCAUACACUGGUCAAACUUCAUUCUUCUAUGGAUCUUUAG